AUGAAUACUUCGAAUAUAUUUCAUAAGUAUCGAAAAUGGUUCGGUCUCGUAUGGCUGAUAAUUGAAUUGAAUUUACUCGGAGGAAAUAUUCUCGGUUUUUCGGCACUCUUUGAUAUAUUGCCAAAAUAUGGGAUAUAUUCAAAUUUAUGUGUCCAUGCUACGUUUGGAAAUACUUCGAAUGCACAAAAUAGAACAAUCAGUGAGAAUUGUGACAGACAAACUGGAAAAUAUCAGCUUGCUCUUACCAUCGGUAUUUGGUUUUAUAAUUUGAUGCCAUUCUUUCUUGGUCAUGUGAUUAAUUAUUUUGGAUGUCGAUUUCUUAAACUUGUCUCCAUAGUUUUUCAUAUAGUCGGCUGGCUGACUUUGGCUUUUGUGGAACCGGGCAGAGAUUAUCUUGUUUUCAUUCAUACUGUGUUUAUCUCAGUUUCAUCUAUUGUCAUUCUCAUAACUUCUUUUGUUUAUUGUGGUUAUUUUGCUCGUUAUCGAGGUCUUGUUUCUUCAAUUAUUGCUGGUGCAUCGAUCUCAUCAACAAUGUGGUUUUCAAUUUUUCAAGUAUUAAUCAAUGGUGGUCGAACAAAUCUACGAACACUUUCAAUUAUUUGGACAGUUUUUGUUGUACUAAUGAUCGGUAGUGCUCUUCUCUUUAUGGAUUGGCGAUUUCAAUUGUUGAACUUGUCAUAUGGAUUCGUUACAAAUUCCGAGACGGAUAAACAAUCAAGAAAAUCUAUUGAGAUUGACAAUGCGGCAAACAUGAUUAAUAUGCCUUGGUAUCGACGUAUAGUGAAUCGUGUUGGUGUUUGGCAACAUUUAUUGAAUCCAAUUUAUAUUUUUGUAGUACUCUAUUUGAGUGUUCUCCUUUUACCGGCUGUGUUUUUACCAGUCACUUGGUUUCCAUGGAUAAUGUAUGUUACGAAUGGCAAUGAGAAUCUUUCGAACAGAUAUACAUUAAUAUUUAAUUUGUCUACUGUUGUUGCUCUAAUUAUUUGUCCGUGUAGUGGUACUUUACUCGAUUUUCGAGCUCAUAGAAAUCAUAAACAACGAUUGUUUAAUAUUGCAUUAAUGCAAACAAUCACAUGGUGUACAUCUAUGGCAGUAUGUAUCGUUCGAAUGUGCAAUACGACCUGUUGUAUCAUAGCUGUAAUAGUUCUGAAUUGCAUUGAACGAUCACUCAUUGUCGGUGGUAGUCAAGCUGUCGUUGCAUCUUUUUUUCCAUCGGAAUAUAUUGGUACUUUAACUGGCGUGUUGUGGACAUCAGCUGCUAUAUUUUCUUCCAUACAAUAUGGUCUUUUGCCACUUGUUGAAGCUGUUGAUAAAAGUUGGCGAGCUUGGACUAUUAUUUUGGCUCUUAUUAUAGUCAUGGCGUCUCAUUGGAUACAAAUGUGGUAUCUUUUUUUCACAUCAAAAUCAACUGCUGUGUCUAAUCAAGUUUCAAUAUCAUUGGAAAAAUCUGAAGCCCAUGGCCAUGCUGAACAUCAUGCCUAUGUUAAUGGUAUAAAGGAAGAGAAUCCAAAUAGAGAUUAA